ACCAGAACUUCUCCCAGAGCAAGCCCAGCAUACACGCCCACUCCUCCACCCACCAGAGAGACCUACACACGGGCAGCGCCCACACCACGCCACCUAACCACCAAUCAGCUGGAGCCAUUUCUACAUUAGCCAGAGGUUAAACUCAACCAAUCAACAAAAAUGACUGGUGACACCGAACACAUACCACCCCCCAUCCCAGUGGCAGCUCUGAAUGUAGAGCAGCCCAAAUCAGACAUCAAAUCUGCCACCCGCGUCUCGGGCGGCCCGGCUACGCCACGCAAAGGCCCGCCCAAAUUCAAGCAGAGGCAGACCCGACAGUUCAAGAGCAAGCCCCCCAAAAAGGGCAUCCAGGGUUUUGGAGACGAUAUCCCGGGAAUGGAAGGUUUAGGCACUGACAUCACCGUCAUCUGCCCUUGGGAGGCCUUCAACCACCUGGAGCUGCACGAGCUGGCUCAGUAUGGCAUCAUCUGAGCCCCGCCCCCACCUUCCCAUCAUCCUCUGUAUUGUUUAGUCCCGCCCCCCGAACCGACUGCCUCCACCCUGGCCAUGUGCUCCAGUGUGACCACUGCAACAUUCACCUUAUCACUCCGUACUCCAAACAGCAACGUCUACAAAAACGGAAAAAUCCACGAAAAAUUCUUCAAAAAAAAAAGACCCACUUCACUGUCUGUCCCUCCCGGUUUCUUUCUUUCUUUUUUCUUUCUUCUUCCAGCAGCCAAAAAAAACAACACACUCCUCCUGCUCUCGUACCGUAGGCCAGAACUCCUCGCCGGGUUCCUCCGUCCGGACAGAUCGAGCUCCGUCGUUUUAGAGCCACUGCCGAUAAAAAACUUCCCGCCUCAAACUUCCUCUUCCUCCAUCUUCCUCUUCCUCCACUUCCUCCGCUCUUUCCUCUUUCUCUCUUUCUCUUUUUUCUCUAUUCCCCUUUUCUUUCGGAACAGAACUUGAAACUUACGCAAGCAAGACAGCCUCAGAGUGAGUACACAAAGUGACACGCCCGUGAAACGCUCGGCUUCUCGUUUCACGUGCCUCGGCUCCUCCGCCGCCAUCAGGAGGCUCCACCACCCUCGCCGAGAUUCUAACGCAGAAAAGAUCGUAGUCCUGUAGAGGUGAGAUACCUGCGGACCGAACCUGACCAGGAGAAGAGAAACUGAGCAUGAAUAACUUAUAUAAAUAAAUCAUUAAUAAAAACUUUAUCACGCAAAACCCCACAAAAACAACAAAAAUAUAUCUACAUCUAUAUCUGAUAUGUACCUGAUAUAUAUAUAUAUAUAUAUAUAUAUAUAUAUAUAUAUAUAUAUAUAUAUAUAUAUAUAUAUUAAUUACAAUUACAUUCAUUUUAUUUUAUUAUAUUAUAUUAUUACGUACAGCACAUUAUAACCACAUUAUCCAUCAACAUAACAGUGCUACUAAAUAUAUAUAUUCUAUAAAGUAUAAACUUCUUUAGGUUCACGCUCAGGGAUUUUUUUU